GUAGGAGGCUACUGAGGACGAUGAAUCAUAUGAACCAUACGGCCUUGCACGAGGCUGUGCGGAGCGGUCAAUUUGAGCUCGUGAGAUCGCUGAUUGGAAAAGACGCUGAAUUGGCCACAAUCGUAAAGGAGGACGAUGAAUCCGCGGAAUCCCCACUGUGUAUGGCUAUCCGGAGAAGAUUCUUCCAAAUCGCAGAGUUUUUGAUAUCUUCUAACAAGUUUAGUUGGCGCGGCCCCAAGGGUACGACGGCCUUGCACUAUGCAGUUCUCCAGAAACAAUCAGGGAUAAUACAAAUGCUAUUGGAACGAAGGCCAGCAAUGGCUCGUGAGGUCGACGCGGAGAAAUGCACUCCACUCCAUAUUGCUGCUUGCAUUGGUUACCAUAAAGAAGCUCGACUGUUGAUGGAAUUUGAUGGUUCAUGCGCUGAUGUCCGCAACAAGGACCAUAUGCUGGCUCUUCAUAUUGCAGCUCACCAAGGCCACAUCAACGUAAUAAAAGUGCUUACAGAAUAUCGUCCAGAUUUAUGUAACUCUUGCGAUGAUAGAGGCUGGAAUGCUCUACAUUUUGCUGCAAAAUAUGGAAUGGUUGAAGUGGCUCAGUACAUUGUCAAUUCGCCAGUGUUCAUGGGCCUUGCUGACAAGACAAAUAACCAAAGAAAGUUGCCUUUUCAUCUAGCACAAGGGAAUAUGGUAAUGAGGUCUAUACUGCUCUUACCAGAACAGUCUGUGCGCUUUUGGUGUUUUUCAUCAAAGGGAAGAAAACGGAAAAAAUAUGAAAACUUAAAAGGAAUUGGGAGGUAUGUAGCACUUAUGGAACAUGAACCUAAGGAGGAAACAGAACCUAACGAGAACAAUAUUAAUUCAGACCCAUGGAAAGAAAGAAGCAGCAUCCAUUUGUUGGUAUCCACAAUCAUCACGACGGUCGCCUUUGCAGCUGGUAUAACCAUCCCUGGUGGGUACAUAAAUGAUGGCACAGACCAAGGAAUGCCAACUUUGUCGCGGAAAGCAGCCUUCAAGAUAUUUAUGGUAGCUAACUCUUUGGCUUUCAGUUUAUCUAUUUCCUCGAUGAGAAUUCACUUCAAAGGUUCAAUGCAGAAACACUACGGCAAUAAAGUUAUUCGAUUGCUCAAUGCCAUACCAUACAUUCGAUAUUCCAUGGUGGCAUUGGUAGUAGCAUUUGUUUCAGGCACAUAUGCUAUAUUGGCCAAUUCUUCUGGGCUUGCCAUUGCAGUUUGCAUAAUCUGCUCUUUCAUCUGUACUUUUGGUUCUAGUGUUUAUAGGGUACCAAAGUGGGAAGUAAAGAAAUUAAAAGCAUAG